GACCGUCGUUCUUUUCCACCAGUGCGAAAUCCGGUCAAAACUAAAAGCAUGCCACUCUGAAACGAGGAAAUCAUGGUCGGUAUGGCAAAUAUGGACGAGCACGAACGAAAAGUGGUAAUGGAGUUUUGUCAUCUUUUGGAAAAGUCCAAACAACUGUUCAACGGGUUACGGGAUUUGCCACAGUACGGCCACAAGCAAUGGCAAGCUUAUUUCGGACGAACUUUCGACAUCUACACAAAAUUAUGGAAAUUUCAACAGCAGCACCGUCAAAUUUUAGAUACAAAGUAUGGGCUAAAGCGAUGGCAAAUCGGAGAGAUCGCAUCUAAAAUUGGACAACUUUAUUACCACUAUUAUUUGAGAACCAGCGAAACUAAUUAUUUGAACGAAGCUUACUCAUUCUAUGCCGCUAUCAGAGGACGUGCUUACUAUUCAAGAGCCGCUAAAGAAGAUAGAUCAGAAUUAAUGGUGAAGAAACUGAGAUAUUACGCACGUUUUAUUGUAGUUUGUCUUUUAUUACGUCGAAUGAAAUUAGUAAGAGAACUUAUAGUAGAAUUAGAUCGACACAUCGCUGACUACACGAGUACCUACGAACCUGACGAUCAAAUAGAAUGGAGUUUGGUUUUAGAUGAAAUCAAAAAUUUCAUCACUGCUGAUUCGAUAGUCACUGUCUUACAUGCAGACACAAAUCCCAUCGUUUUAUCCCAUCGAUUAAGUCCUCUAACAACUCCCCCGGUGGAAAAAUCUCAAUACAUGAACCUAACCCUUCAAGAAAUCCUCAUAGUGGGCAGCGCUUCAGAACAAGUCAAGUUUUCCGAAUUAACCAUGGACAUGUUCCGCAUGAUUCAAACUCUCGAACGCGAACCUCAGGAAGAUUACAAUCACAUUUACGACGCGUCUCCCGCCCCCGGCCGCGUCCCUUACGGCGUCCCGGGCCAAAAGGGCUACAUCGAAAACGGCGAAAGGCCCUUGAGACGCGAAAAUCCACACAAGUACCUUUUGUACAAACCCACUCUUAGCCAAGUUCUUGUGUUUUUAGCUAGCGGCUUCAAAGAAUUGCCGGCUAAUGGGGCAUUGCUGCUGUAUUUGUCCUCCGAUGGGUGUUUCUCCACCACGAAGCAUCCGGAAGAUAUGGGGUACGACCUCGGGGGAGUGUUGACGAGUAGUCGGAGAGAUGGGGAGCACAAGAAACAGAAGGAAGCUCACUGCCUUUAUCCUGGUGAUUUAUAUCCGUUUACCAGGCGACCGCUGUUUGUUGUCGUUGAUUCGGAUAAUAGUUUUGUUUUUCAACACAUUCCAAGGUAUUUUGGACAGCCGCUGGUCACGCUGAUGUCGCCGCAAGACACUCCGCCGGCCUUCCAAGAUCAACAACACAACGGUUCUUUAUUCACUCUGUUCCUUCACUCGCCUCUGACCGCAUUUUGUUACUGUUGCAAUUUGACAAGCAUUCCGAUCCACCAUUGGGAGCGUUGUCAAAGUUUCGUCGACCGAUUCGUCACCGAAGCUUCUCGCCUUUUCACCCGAUCAAGAGUCGGUGAGUAUGAUGAAGAAUUUCUUGUAGAUUCGUCAUAUCUUCAAUUUUUCGGUGACGACUUUCUACGUCUCCUCCUUCUUCGCUACGUCUUCUGCGACGUGGUGUUACACCUCCACCGCGCGUUCCGCGGCCGGCAAUACCGCCCCCGCUGCCAACCACCACUGCCGGAAGCUGAACUCCUGGAGCACCCAUCCCUCCAGCACCUGGUGCUCGACCUGGCCGCCCACCUCGAGGUCCGCACCCACUUCAUGGACAACCACGAAAUCGACUGAUCCAGGGCUUCCUCCUCAUGGCCGUGCGUGGGGUUUAGUGCCACCCGGGGCUUGUCUUCGAGGCACACCCAUGAGGACGGGCGCCGCGCCCCUCUUUUCCUGCUGAUCGCCUUCGCUGCCGUGUUUCUGGUCACAAACGCGCACUUCUCGUGGAUGGAAGCUUUACCAUUUUUUUGGACUCUUUUAGAAUUCGCGAAAUGUAAAUUUCGGCCAGUAUUAGCGACGGCUCUGUGGUUGAAAUUGUCGUAUUUUUGGACACCUUCUACGAUUAAAUUUAGUUUAUCGGUGAUAAUAUAGCUCAAAGUCGAGCACAGCGUCUUUCAAUAUCCGUUCACUAGGCGGGCCCUUCGGUACGAGGCUCGACGGUUGGACCUUCAACUGCGUUUUAACAUUGCCACUUUAACCCAACUUAUAUUGUAUAAAAAUUAGUCCUCUUAUUGAAGCCGUGACCAACAGUGAUUAAUACGCCUUUCGUGCCGUGUACGAUACGCAUUACUUAUUAACUAAAUUAUUAUUACUAUUGAAUGCAUGACUACAUACAGGGUGUUUCACCUAAACCCCACAUUAGAAGUAUUUAGAGUUCUGACAAAAAAUUUGUAUACAGCUAUAAUCGGUGAGACCCUCCCAAUAAAAAUAUUUUCAAGAUGGCGACACGUGUGGAUAUACCCGAAGUGGGUAUCAGUUUUGUUAUUUUAAAUAGAAAACUGGAUUUUUAUUGCGUUUUUAGAUUACUCAAGUGAAUUUGAUUUUAUCAGCUUUCUCUACAAUAAAGUUUAACCAUUUUCAAAAUAUUUUAUUUUAUGAUGGUGAAGAAAAAUAAUUUAUACCUGUAACUUAAUGCCUGAGGACGGCCAUUUAAAAAUGAUCGAAACAUGUAGCAUCGUUUAAUAAAUUUUGAUAAAGAAGAGCCCGAAUUAUUUAACAACUUCACCCAUUAUGAUUUCAUAAUAGUUAAAAAUUGCAAAGUUAUCGAUUUUUGAAAAAAAGGUUCAAAUCCAAAAAUUUUACAAAAAUUUAAAAAUCUCUAAAACGGCGAAAUUUAGGUAUAGAAAGUUCGAUAAAUAACUUUCAUAUAAUAAUUCUAGGAAUACAAAAACGCAAUAAAUAACAUAGGUAGCUUUCUAUUUAAAAUAAUAAAGUUGAUACACGCCAAAGUAGGUACCACCAUCUUGAAAAUAUUUUCAUCGAGCAGGACCUAGUUUUAUGGUGUGUUUCCGGAUAGGUAAAACGACUCUUAUAAAAAGAUAAUAAAUUCUCGAUUUAAAUUUUAAUUUUUUGAGAUUUAGCCCUGCUUGGUUAAGGACUAAUUUCUAACAUAAUAUUAGUUUUGAAAAAUCAAGUAUGCUAUAAUAUGCUUUGGAAAUUUUCAAAAAAACUAUUUUUGUGUAGAGUAAAGUGCCUUUUGUGUGGCAAAUAUGACAAAAAGUUAUUAAGAAAAGUUGUUUAGAAUCAACAUCUGGGCCUAUAUAUCUACCAAAUUUCAA